CGGCCUUAAUAUAAGGGCGGUUUUUUCGAAAAUUUCUAAACAUGAUGGACAUUGAUGAAAUAGAAUUCAAAGACCCACCUGAAUUUAUUACAUAUGUCUCCAGCAGGUUAAACUUAACGAAAGAGGAGUUUCAAGACGAAUUUCAUGAAGCCUGUGUUAAUGGAUACUUCGAUACUCCUGUUUACUCCACCGUUCGGAAGCUUUUUCGCUUUCACUGCUUUUGCAGCAGCCGCUUCAGGACUAAAAACAAAAUGUUGUGUAUGACUAAGCUUUUUGAAUAUCUUAUAUCGGGAAAAAUAGGAUUUGAGAACCUUAGGCGCAAGUUGAAAGAAUAUGAUUAUUCUGCCAGGUGCAGCCUUGUGUGGACAACUAAUUACUUUGCAUACCGUUGCAGAACUUGUGGAAUGUCCCCGAGUAUGUCUCUUUGCAGUUCCUGCUUUACUGCUGGUAAUCACGACGGACACGAUUUUAAUAAGUUCAAAAGCCAUGCUGGUGGUGCUUGUGACUGUGGUGACGCCUGUGUAAUGAAGGAAUCAGGAUUCUGUCGUUUUCAUGGACCAGAUAAAGUGCAUAAUCGCCCAGUACCUCCAGAUGAAUUGGUUGCACCACUUAGAUGUUUACUUCCAAGUUUCUUAUCCGCCUUGUUAUACUGGCUUUGGGAAUAUGGAAGAGAUAAUGAGGGAUUAGAUUUCAAUGAAGACGAUACAUCCGCUAUCUCAAUUCUUCAUGCAUUACAUGCUAGCGGGUGGGUUACCCAGAAAAUGAUAGCUGAUGUUAUGAUUGAUAAGUUGGUUUACGAAAAAUUAAUAUUUGAAAGUGAAAACCGAAGAGCUUGUGAAGACUAUCAGUUAAGUGUAUCGAGUAAUCCUGAAUUCGAAUUCCCACCCAUUAUAAGCAAUCAAGAUUUGGUACACCAAACACUUUUGGAUGCUUUCAUAUUUUCGACGAUAAAAUUACGCUUUCCAGAGAGUUUAGUCACAUUCUUAAUUGGUUUGUUAGCUGUUGAAACAUUCAAAGAAGAAUUUAUACAAUCAUAUCUUAAUCAUUAUACGCGUAUAGCUGCUACUGUACUGCUUUCUGCACGUGCACGUAUUGCACCUGAAUGGUCGUUACAGAUGAAUAAUCGAAUUGUGCACAUAUCAGUACAACUGUUCAGUGGUGAAGAAUUAGCGCUACGUGUGAUUAAACAGCGGAAUCUACAUCAUCUACUUGUCCAUUGCUUAUUAAAUAUGUUUGCAUGUUGUCGCACUCGUUUGGACGAUAGGAGUAAUAUGGUGCUCAGUUGUGAUGGGAUAUUAAUUCAAAAUAAUGUAUUUUGGCCAUUUGUCUCAGAUUUAAGCAAUCUGGUUUCGCAUAAAUCAAUUGUUGAUAUCCUUGUAGAAGAUGCUGAUUUUUUGAGUGCAUGGACAAAGUUGAUACGAUAUAUGCAGUUUAUGAAUUGUUUUACAAUGAAAGAAGGGAAUCAUAUUGAAUAUGAAACAAUGACAUUUUACUAUGCUUUUACAAUGGAAGUUGAAAUCAGUUCCAGUACUAUGUGGAAUUUUUGGCAGCAUUAUCGUCUCCCUUCUGAACGUGAACAUUGUUUAUUGUAUACUAAGGCCUGUCUAUCAAGUCUAGGUGAUCUACUGAAUAAUCUUGGUCGUUUAAUUUCCCCAACUGUACCAGAAACACGACCAACACGUUCAGCUCUCAGUCUUCACUUACCAUUGAUGCGUCAUGUCUCUUGUUUUCUUCACUUGUCUGUUAUGCAACAUGGUGUGAAUGUACGGCAAUUAUUGGCUGAUUAUCUUUUGCCAAAACCACGUUUACUAAGACGUUUUAUGGAACAUUUAGUGAAUGUUUUGUUAGGUUGUCAUGAAGUGCUCAUUGGUUAUUGGAUACGUAAUGGUCAGGGUGUCAGACAGUCUGUUUCACACUAUAUGCAAAGCCAGUUUUGUUAUUCAUCUAUUGAUUUGGAUAUAUUUGCAUUACAAGUUUGUACAGCUUUAUUACCACCUGCGUAUUUUUUAAACGCUUUAGUUGAUCAAACAAAACUGCUACGAGGUAUAUGCUUUCAUAAUGAACUGUUAAGUUUGAUUACACCACCUGAGCCAAAAAAUCUUGAUCGUAAACCAAUGGCUUUAGAAGCCUGGUUAACAAAUCUUUGUUGGAUAUUGGAUAUACGCAAUAAUCUAGGCUUAUCACAAGAAGAAUUACUACGUAAGGAACUUGUUUCUGUCUUAGCUCCAGAAUCGAGAAAACGUAGUGAUCUUUUAAUUCUUAUUCCUGAACGUUGUGGAGUAACUAGUACAUCAGACAAUUUAGACUAUGUAUUAAAAAAGGUGGCAACUUAUGCUGCACCUACAUGUGAUGAAAACUCUGGCAGCCUUAUUAGUGGACAUUAUUUUCUACGGCCUAGUUUAUGGCAUACUGAUUUCGAUCCAGUUUUUCAUAUGCUUCGAGUGAAUAGUCGAAGAGAAUCAGCUUUAGCUAUGGAGAAAUAUCGAGAACAUUGUCGUCAACGUCAUGGUGUUACAAAUGUAUCGUCUUUAUGGCCACCAUUUCGUAAACCUAAACAAUUACCACCAGAUUUUCAUGGUCUGGAUCAUGUUUUACAUAGUCGCCAUUUGCAUUAUUUGAUAUUUAUACAACUGAGCCUUUAUGUGUAUGGUGAUCCACUUGUAACUGAAGAAAGCCUGGCUAUGAUAAUUCAUCUAAUUGAUCGAGCCUUAGAUGUUCCUUGUCGUUUGCCAACAAAUAAUAGAAAAGCUUGUACUCAGGUUUUUAUGGAAACUCAAGGAUGUGAUGAUAUCGAAUCCACCUCAUCGAUACCACUAAAUAUCAGUAGUUGCGGAAGUAGUUUGAUACAGCAACAACUACAAAAAUCAAAUGGAGUGCAACAGCAGUCAUCAACACAAAACUUUCAACCGCAUAAUAAAGCCUUCACAGAUGAUGUUUUAAUGGAUUGGGAAAGGGGAACAUUUGAAGAAAUUAUCGAAGAUACAGACUCUGAUAGACUUGAUCAAAUUGACUGUGAUGAUGAUGACUACGAAGAUGAUGAUGAUGACGAUACAGGUGGUCAAGGUGGUGGUGCUGGUGGUAGUUCAGAUGAUCGUGAAGAAUCUGAUUCACAACGUGAUCAUGGCAAAGUACGUGGUCGUAUAAGUGGUUAUCGUUCACCGCAUAUAUGGUGUCGUCAGCCAUGGAGUACUUCAUUAAGCCCAUUACCAUUAUAUCCUUCUACAACAUCAUCUACUAAUCGUCAUAAAAAAUAUUGGGAUACAAGUUUAAUUAGUUGUCCAUAUGAACCGCGUACAAGUAUACAAGAUAAUUUAAACUGUUGGCUUAUGGUAUCAAAAAGUUAUGUGCCAUAUGUUUCUUGUGCUCAAGUAAUGCUAGCUAGUUUACUUAAUCAAGAUUCUACAGAUUCAAAUAUCACUAUGAGUACAGUUCCAGUAUUACCUAAUAAUGAAUUAAAAAGUGAUAGUAAAAACGUCAUAUUAGACAGUCUGAUCUCGUUAUUAAUCAAAGCACAUGCACGUCUUUACUGGAGUCGUGUUGUUGGUGGAGCUGAAGCGAUCCCUAAAAUCGCUGUUGGUGGAUCAGGAUUCACUGAUCCCAAUACACCUCCAUUACAAUCAUCUAAUGUAAUUGGUGAAUCACCUACAAUCUCAGUGAUGAUGAUGCCAAGUUUAAAUGAAGAAAGUAAUAAUAUCCUAAUAGUAGGCCAUAAUCAAGGAAAUAAUUGGGAAGAUUUUGUGAAUACUUUUCCAAAACAUACUUCUGGUAAUCCGACUAACUUUUUGUCUGCUCGUUGUAUGUCUGUCUUGAUGCCAAAUGAAGGCAAUCAAUGCUUAGAAUCCGAUAAUUCUAAUGAUCGUACUCCUCAAUCUUCUACACUAAAUACUGUGAAUCUUAAUCCAUCAGUUGUUGCACAAUUAUCACCGGAAUUACGGUAUUUCGCUUCUUCAAAACCAGCCUAUUGUCUUCCAGAAGAGAGGAGUCAGUCAACUGAUGGUCAAACGUGUGGUCUAACCAGUUCACCUAUAGGCAACUAUCCACCUUCCCAAUCUACGGACGAUCAAACUGAUUUUACAUCAACAAAUGAAUGUCAUUAUACCAAUUUUGGUGAUGGUGCUUAUUGGAUAGAACGUUUGUUAGAUAAAAUUGCAUCUCUAUCAGAAAAUAAUAAGUCAGCAAUCAAAAUGUAUUUGGCUAGGGCAAGGAAGCCAUACACUCCUGUAGCGCAACUACAUACACAUCAGCCAAUGGAUACUGUGUCAUCAAGUAAGGAUGUAAAGCUAAUGCAAGGUCAGCAACGGCAGCAACAGCAACAGUUAGAAGGAGAUUUUCGCAUUUCCAAGAAAAUUGAUGAAGACACUUCCACCUCCCUACAAAAUCAUGAAACGGCUACUGCGUUGAAUAUUACAUUUCCUUCAACAAAUGAUUGCUAUCCUUCAACAGCUCAAAAUGUGACAAAUUCAUCAGCUGUUACACCAACAAUAACAACUGUUACACGUGAAGAAAGAAAACGUUUAGCACAAGAACGACGUAAACGACUCAUGGAACAAAUGGCGUCUAAACAAAAGGCAUUUGCUUCUUCUCAUUUCAAGGAUAUGGAAUUAAUUAAUCAACAGACAAUAGAUCGGCAAGAGCAUAUAGAUAAAAGUGAGUCAUCCUAUGAAUGUGUUAUUUGUCAAACAUCUGGUCGACCUUCAACUGAUGAUAUGGUUCUUUUAGAUAUGAUGUGUGAAUCAAAUCUCAUGCUCCAACUCCGAGAAACUGCUAUAUUACCCACAUUGUCUGGACGAGAUCUAAGCCAAUCUUCAGGUUUUCUUCCAGUUACUUCGGAUGCUGACGAGUUGUCAUGGUUAUCACCUGAGCGACCGCCUGCUGAUCCCUCUUUUAGAGAUGGCCUAUUGCUUCAUGCAACAAUCUCUGAUAAUCCAUCUCCUGGCAGUGUAAGCAGCCAAGCUCCUGCAGGUAUUGUUGGUCUACCUGUAAAUUCGUUAAGUACCACUACUGUUAUUGGUCCUUCUGUUGUAACAUCAUACGCAAAAAGUUCAUCUGCAUCACCAAAACAUCAAAACUCUUUGGAACAUAAACAAUCAAAGCAUCAAAAAUGUUUCGUUGAAUCUCGUCAAUGGUGGACUUAUGCAUUACCUUCUUUCAUAUCUCAAACACUGCCAUUAUUACGUUCUGGACUACUGUUACAAACCUGUGGUCACGUUGUGCAUCGAGAGUGUUUCCAACGUUAUCGUACACAUGGGGGUAAUCGAUCGGCUGCAGCACGUAAUCGUUCAUGGAUUACAUGUCCUCUGUGCAGACGAGAUAUUCAUCAUCUUCUACCGUUAGUUCCAUUGUCUAGCUCUGAUACUGGUGAUAAACAGCAUUCAUUCCCUUCUGUAGAAUAUGCUCAAGAAAAUAUUGACACCCUUUUAGGUGUACUGAAUUCACUUUCAACUACUGGUUCAACUAUUUGGAACGAUCUGAAUGGUUUUGACGAUGAGUUGAAUCUUCAACGUCGAGUCCUGAUGUCUCAACUACUCAGCGAUAAGUAUGAGGCUAUAAUGUUACUAAGAUCUCAACUGGAAUGUGAAUUAAGUGUCUUGAUGAGUUUUCCAUCACAGUAUUCUUUGGUCUCACGUCGUUGUUACUGGCGUGAAUUUAUAUGUUAUCUUCGACAAAUCUAUAAAAAGUCAUCUGAUGUUCAAAGUUUAUUACAAUGCUUGAUGGUUGAUGAAGCCUCGAAACCGGAUAACACUCCGAUUCCAGUGUUUGCUUUACUACAAGAUCCAGUUGAUAUUCUACUUGGAUUGUUACCUCAUAUAUGGCCACGUGAAGACAUUUUUCACACGGUCUUAGCGUCUACCUUUUGUUUGGCGUAUAUACGAGCACUGAUCAGUGUAGUAUUCAACCGGUCAACUAAGUCUACACGUUUUAAUUUAAUUGAACAAAUCAGUGCUACACAACCGUUGUUAAGUAAAAUUUCCGGUGUUUUGGCAAGACAUUUACACAUUUUACUUAAACGUUUAAGUGAAUUGAACUUCCCACCGUCUGCAGCCAGUUCAACUCCCCAACAACAUUUCACAGAUGUUAUUGGUGCCUGUCAAUCAUCAGUUCGAGUAGAACGUGUUUUAAAUUUGUUAUAUUUAGCGUCGAAAUUACCGGAUGAUAAUUUCUUUCACCAUACAUCACCAUCAACAUCAUCUUCUGAAUCAAUAACUACAUCAUUUCACAAUCUUCCAAAUGAAUAUAAUCAGAAUCAAAUAGAAUUACAUAUUAUUUUACGUGUCCUACCAUUUCUACGUAUUGCUAGUCUAUGUUGGACACAUUGGCGUCCAGAUCAUGCUGGCAAUGUGAAACCAUUAGGAUUACCUUUUGUCGGCCAGUUAACUAAAUUAUCUACUCAAUGUAGUGUCGAUAAGCAAUCAAUAGAACUAGUGUGUGUCACACCUGAACAACGAUUAGUGGAGUUUAGUGACCUUUGUCGUAUACUAUCAUUGGAUUGUGGAGACAGCGUAGUUAUCAAUGUAGGCCAAGUUGGUGAAUUAGCUGGUAGUCUAUGUGGAAUAGUACGCACACCUAAUAAUGAUGACGCUAUACAUUGUCUUAUUGAUCGAUGGUUAGGUCAAAUUAAAAAAGCAUCUCAAACAUAUCCAACUGGUGUUUCCACACAACGAUUAUCUCAGUCUUCAACUGUAUCUGCUUCACUUGCACCUUCUACUGUGAAAAAUACUGAUGAACGAAUCAUUUCUACGAAAUGUAUGGAUGUUUCCGUUGUUAAUAAUCAAGUAUCAGAUUUCACAAAACAUAUAGUUAGUUAUCUACGGCCAUUAGUUGAAAUUGGUCGUCAGUUGUAUUCUCCUCGUCUAAUUCGUACACCAGCAUCAUUUGAUGUACUUUUUAAUGCAUUACACUUGAUCAGUUGUUCAUCAAAUCAACAUCGAUUUCAAGAGAAUAUUCUAUGUCUUAUCUGUGGACGUUUAUUAUGCAGUUUAUGCAGUAAUUUGGCAACUGUUGUUGUUGAACAUACCUAUGGAUGUGGUGGUUCCUCUGGUGUAGUACUUGAAGUCAAUACUUCAAUUGUUUAUGUAUCGCUUGGAUCUAAUAUCUGUGAUUGGGGUUCAGUUUAUUUGGAUGAAUAUGGUGAAGAAGAUUUAGAGUUAAAGAUUUCUAAAGGUUUAAAUUCAUUUCAAUAAAAAGGCCAUGGUUGUGUACUUCUACUGGUGCAUUUAUUUCGAACGGAUGUCGAUUUCUGCUGAAAACUCGAUUCAAUACACAUACACAUUUGUAUACGUCAGUGCAAAGUUACAGCAAUUUUAUGAUCAGUCGAGGUUGUCUGGACAGUUUGUUAAUGAGUUCUGUUAUACUCAAUAUAAUCCUGCUCUACUGGUGUUAAUUAUAUUCCUAUCUAGUUUGUAUAGCGUGUAACUAUACACGUUAUUCAUCGGUAUAUUUCAUAUUUACCUCAUUGGCUUAAACAUUCGACUUACAAUCUCAGUGAGUUCUGCGAUCAAAUCCUGCUUUCCUCUACCUCCUCUCGAACAACCGGAUAUCAUACACCUUAAUGCAAUGAAUGUAACCCAUAGUCUG